CAGGCCAGGUCGGAAAAGGGCAGAUAGAUAUUUUCCCCUACCCUCCCCUGGUUGCACCCUGCUCCUUUAGGCAUCUGCCUUUGUUGCUUCGGUUGUCCUCUUCCUCCUCUCGCCGCUCCCUCCUCCGCUUCGGCUUCUCUAGGGUUUCUCGCAGCACGCACGCGCGCAUCUAACACUAUCAACCGCCAAUCCGACUGCUUCUCGCAUCGCGCAUCCGAGCCCACGGCCAGCUUCUGUAGGCUCUCUCCACCGCCCUCCGCGCAGAGCACGCAUCCGUCCAGAUCCAGGCUCUCUCGUCGUCAUCGUCGUCGCUGGCGUGGAGUGGAGAUCCGCCCGGACUUGGAUUGGUUUCUCCCGUUGUCGGCCUUAACGAUCAGCAGUAGCACCUUCAUCAAAGGCCUCUUUGCAAAAUUAUGCGAUCCUCAUGGGCUGAUUCAGUUGCGAACGCCGAGGAAUCGGCGCCCGCGACUGUUACUGCUGCUGCCCCCGUUGCUGCUCACCAGAACUCGCGCCCUACCCUCAGCUCGUACGUUCCUCCUCACCUCCGUGGCCGCUCAGCUGGUCCUCCAUCUGAGAACCAGGCCCCAUCUUCGGUGCCUGCUCCAGCUCCAGGACCAGCUGACGUACGAUCAGCUGCUGUGCAUCCUUCUGGGUACGCAGCUGCUGUUGGAGGUGGCUCUCGUUGGGCUGGCCCUAUUGGUGGUGGUGGUGGCAGUGCUGUAGGUGGUCCGCGCAAGGGUGGUGGCGGUGGCCGCGGUGGGGAUGGCGGUUGGAACACCCGCCCUGGCUGGGACCGCAGAGACCGUGAACCAAACCCUUUUGCUGAUAGCGAGGCUGCAGAUGUUGAUUUUGAGAGUCAGGAGAGCACAGGCAUCAACUUUGAUGCAUAUGAGGAUAUCCCUGUGGAGACAAGUGGCCAUGAUGUCCCUCCACCUGUCAACACAUUUGCAGAGAUUGAUUUGGGUGAUGCACUGAAUGAGAACAUACGGAGGUGUAAGUACGUGAAACCAACACCAGUGCAACGACAUGCCAUUCCAAUCGCCAUUGCGGGGCGGGAUCUCAUGGCCUGUGCUCAGACAGGGUCUGGGAAGACCGCAGCCUUUUGUUUCCCGAUCAUCAGUGGUAUCUUGAACUCAAGGCCACCGCAGAGGCCAAGAGGUUCAAGGACUGCAUAUCCUGUUGCACUGAUAUUAUCCCCUACUCGUGAGCUUUCUGUGCAAAUUCAUGAAGAAGCAAAGAAGUUCUCAUACCAGACUGGUGUUAAGGUGGUUGUUGCAUAUGGUGGAGCACCAAUACAUCAACAGUUGAGGGAAUUGGAAAGAGGUGUUGAAAUCCUUGUGGCAACUCCUGGUCGUUUGAUGGAUCUGCUAGAGAGGGCUAGAGUAUCACUACAAAUGAUAAAGUACUUAGCUCUUGAUGAAGCUGAUCGAAUGCUCGAUAUGGGGUUCGAACCACAGAUACGUAAAAUUGUUGAGCAGAUGGACAUGCCACCUCGUGGUGUGAGGCAGACAAUGUUGUUUAGUGCUACUUUUCCAAAAGAGAUUCAGCGACUAGCUUCAGAUUUUCUUGCAGACUACAUUUUCCUUGCUGUUGGAAGAGUUGGUUCAAGUACUGAUUUGAUUGCCCAGAGGGUAGAGUUUGUCCUUGAAGCAGACAAAAGAAGUUACCUCAUGGACCUUCUUCAUGCACAAAAAGCUAGUGGUUCUCAUGGGAAGCAAUCUCUCACAUUGGUUUUUGUGGAGACAAAGAGGGGAGCUGAUGCUCUGGAGGAUUGGCUGUAUAAAAAUGGGUUCCCUGCGACAAGUAUUCAUGGUGACCGGACACAACAGGAAAGAGAGUAUGCACUGAGGUCAUUUAAGAGCGGAGCAACUCCCAUACUCGUUGCAACUGAUGUGGCUGCCCGUGGACUUGACAUACCACAUGUCGCCCAUGUCAUCAAUUUUGACCUCCCAAAUGAUAUAGAUGACUAUGUUCAUCGUAUUGGGAGGACAGGCCGAGCGGGGAAAUCUGGUUUGGCAACUGCCUUUUUCAACGAGGGCAACAUAUCACUGGCAAGGCCACUGUGUGAACUAAUGCAGGAAGCUAACCAGGAGGUCCCUCAAUGGCUUGAGCGCUAUGGUGCCCGUUCUUCGUAUGGAGGUGGGGGUGGUAGAAACCGCCGAUCAGGUGGUGCUCGAUUUGGUGGCCGCGACUUCCGCCGAGACCGAGACUUCAGGGGAGGAGGUGGUGGUGGUGGUGGGUAUGGUGGUGGAGGUUACGGAGGUGGUGGAUACGGUGGUGGCCAAGGCGCAACUAGUUCCUGGGACUAAAUACUGACUCCCAGUCAUCGUGAGAAUUGAGAUGAAAUGACCGUAUUCUAUUGACUUGACUGAAGCAGAUAUCGAGUUUGUAGUCACCCUACGGUGGUUCGUAUGUUGCUGGAGAAGGCCCUGUUUUUACCUUAUUUAUGGUUGGUUAACGGCAUAUUGCUGCGUCUAUUACCCUGUGCUGGGCCUUUUUUCUUGCCGAGCGCUGUGCUCGGGUGGGGUAAUUAUCUUGUUCUUUUGCCACUCACUGUUCCUUGUUUUGGAUGCUGUGCAUUAUUGGGUGGUGGGAAUGUUAUCAUUGUUUUUGCGAUCGAUGGA